AUGAAGCGUCGAAAGCGCAGAAGAACGAUGCGUCCACCUAGUGACCCGGCAGAGGAAGCUGCCCACAUGCAACGUUACAAGCGUCGUUCGUCAGAAACAAAGAUUUGUGUGAAUGGUAUUUGCAGCGUUCAUCCACAAAAGCGACUGCUUCCCUUUCCCACUGGCUUCUCAGAUUCCGAUAAAGCAGAACAUCUAGCAUGUACUGUGGAUGGUUUGAAGGUAAGCUAUGUCGGUCCAGGUCGUGAUGAAAAAGAUGCGGCAUCCGUCAGGACAAAUAAUCCAAUCCCGACGAAGGGUUUAGCGCUCUAUUAUUUCGAAAUCACCGUGCUUGAUCAAGGGGACACUGGUCGAAUCGGCGUGGGGCUAUGCGCCCAAAAUGUGAAAUUAGGGAAGAUGCCUGGGUGGGAGGAGGAUAGCUUCGCCUAUCACGGUGACGAUGGUCUGCUUUUCCGUCAGACUGGAAACGCCGGUGCGCAGUAUGGUCCCAAGUAUGGGACAGAUGACGUCAUUGGGUGUUGUUGGGACCAGGUAGACAACACAGUCUUCUUCACCAAGAACGGGAAGAAUCUGGGUCCAGCGUUUAACAACCUCAGUGGCUCUCUCUAUCCGACUAUUGGUAUGCAAUCGACGAAAGGUCGAAUCCGUGCGAAUUUUGGAAGGAACCACUUCCUUUUCGACAUCGAAGCCCACGCCCAUCAGCAAAGACAGAAAAUUCUCAACUCAAUAACAGAGAGAAAACUGCCGACGGACUAUCGAAUCCUCAGUGACACAGUCUUGUCGUAUCUCAUGCACAACGGCUAUUCGCUAACAGCAGCGGCAUUUGCAAAGGAUGCAGGGCGGGAGGCAAUGUACGAACAAGGACAAGAGUCCAUGUUGAAACGAAAAGUAGUCUGUGAUAUGGUAGUCGCGGGUGACAUUGAUGGCGCUAUGCUUCAACUGGAAGAGGAGUUUCCGCAGGUGUUGAAGACGCAGGUGAAUGUGCGCUUCCUGCUCAUGACGCAGAAGUUCAUCGAGAUGAUUGUGAGCGGCGCGAGCUCUGAAGAGACUGUAGAGUAUGGUCGGGAGAAACUGCGAGUAUUCCAAGACAAAGACUAUCUGCAGGCGCAAGAAUCUGCUGCUGGAACGGAAAUCCUAAAUGUUGCGGAUUCAUCAAAACAGUAUGAAGAGACAUUACGCGAUGUCUACAGUCUAUUAGCAUACAGGGACCCCGCAGAAAGUCCAAUGGGAUAUCUCACGAAGCAGAGCCGAAGAGAAGUAGUAGCUGACAAACUGAAUUCAGCCAUCCUUGCUACUCAAAAGCGCCCAAUGCGGUCAAUUCUUGAGAGAUUCUUGUCGCAUACAGAGUCUAUCCUUAGCCAACUUUUGAAAAUGGAGAAUGGACCUGCCGCGCUAGUUGCCGUGCAAGACUUGUUAUGA